GGGGCGGCGCCCCAACCGGAGCCGCCGGGUCAGCCCGCGUGUCCCGCCUUCUCCUCCGCUCAGGGCCUCUCCUUCCUGCCCUGCUGUCCUCCGUGUCCAGUCCCCGGCCUCCGGGCAAAGCCCACCUAGUCCGCUGAGCAGGCACAGCUGCUGGGAGCAGCAGAUCCUGCACACAUACACCCCCUCCAGCCACAUCAUGGUGGGACCCAUAGAAAAACUGCCAGAGGAAGUGUUGGCCCUCAUCUUCCGUGAUCUGCCUCUCAGGGACCGUGCUGUAGCUGCCAGAGUCUGCAAGGCCUGGGCCGCUGCUGUCACCAGCAGUGCUGUGUGGCAUGACACGAGCAUCAGUUGUGACUGUGAGCUGGAAGACUUGUUGCCACCCUAUCUGUCCACCUGCCUGGAUCACAUUCACAACCUACGGCUGGAAUAUGAACCUUCAAAGAAGCCCAGCCGCCGAGUGGCCGCUGAACUACUGACUGCUCUGGCCAGCCGAACCCCACGACUUCGAGGCCUAUGCUUGGAAUGCCACGGAGAGAAGCCGCUUUUCGAUGCUGGCCUAGACAUUCUGAGCGCUGUACACGCCGUCUGCGGAGCCGCUCACCAACUGCACCAUCUCGACCUGCGCCGCUUGCCCUACACACUGGACGACACGCUGGUGCUUCAAGCUGCACGUGACUGUCCCGAGCUCCGCAGUCUUUUCCUGGACAACCAUGCCCUGGUGGACAGUGUACAGCCCAACUCUGUGCUCAAGCUUUUGGAAGCCUGCCCACACCUGCGUGCCCUUGGACUGCACCUGGCCAGUCUGUCGCGUGCCGCGCUGGAACUGCUGGCCGCACCACAUCGCACCCCUUUUGCACUCCUGGCACUGAGGUGCGCGUGCCCCGAAGACGCUCGCGCGCCCCUCCUGCCUGAUGAAGCCUGGGAGGCAUUGAAAUCCCGCCACCCCGGACUGGAGGUGGAGCUGGAGCUGGAGCCUGCGCUUCCAAAUGAAGCCGUAACGCGCGUCCUGCAACCAGCAGUACCCGUAACUGUGCUGCGUCUCAACCUCUCGGGUGAUACCGUAGGGCCAGUGCGCUUCGCUGCGCGCCACUACGCUGAAACUUUGCGCGCCCUCGAGGUGCGCGCGUCCGCUUCCACCGAGCUGCACACCGCUCUGGAGGAGCUGGCGGCGCGCUGCGCGGGCUUGAAGGAGAUACACUGCUUCUGCGUGGUGAGACCCUCGGUACUGGACGCCUUCCGCGCGCACUGCCCGCGCCUGCGCAGCUACACACUCAAACUAAAGCGUGAGCCGCAUCCCUGGCGGCCCACGCUGGUGCGGUGAUUGAGCAAUCUCACCACUCCAGGACCGCGCGGACCCGAAACCCCUGAAAGGCCCGAGCAAAUUGCAAAGGCACUCCCCAGUGGCUGGCUAGCCACGUCCUUAGGGAGUUCGAAGACCACAGUGCUUCUCGGGGACUGGGGCCUAAGAGGGCAUCCAGACCAGUCCCAGGCUCCAUAGAUUCACGGGGCCUCUAUGUCUCUGCCCUUUCCAGGCUUUCCCUCCCCUCUGCUCACUCUCCGCUAGCUCCGAGGCCCAGAGUUGGGGGAGGGCAGGCACAAAUGCAAGCCAAAAGUCAAGGGUGA